AUGUUACUAGCACUCUCUCAACCAAACCAUAUGCAGAACGAUAUAAGGUCGCCUCAUGACUACCCGACCUAUCAGAAGGCCACCCCAUCUAGAUAUUCACCUCCAGAGUCUCCUCGCAACCUGCCCUCUUUCUUUGAGGACAGGGAUCCUAAGAUGAAUAACUCCCAUCGAGGACUGCCUCUGCCAGCUGCCCUCAGUCUGCCACCUCCAGAUCGUGGCCAUUCUGCUGCCCCUCCUCCUUUGGGCCAUCUCCCCGCUCCUCCUUCGCAAUGGGCGGGCCAGGAUGACUCGAUGCGAAGUUGGCUUCAUGCAAAGGCAGAGGAGGACCGCCGAAAGCAAGAGGAGGAAAAGACCCGCCAGGAGGGUUUGCGCCUCGACCAGAGGCGGAUCGAGCAGACUAUGCUACGGGAAUCGCUACAAGGCGGCAUUCCUCCGCCCAUGGUGCCUUUGAUCUUUGCUGGUAUCGGCGGAGGCAACCUUCCGUCUCACACACUGGAAUGGGCUCAACAGUAUCUUGCUACACUCAGCAUCCAGAAUCAACAGCAGCAGCAACAGAUACAGGCCCAGCAACAACAGCUUCAGCACCAAAUUCAACAACAGGCUCAACCGCAAAUGUCCCCUGAUGUUCACCGAGAUAGUCGAAUGAUUCCACCUAAUCCAUAUGGAGGCCCGCAACAGCUCCCACCAACACAACCGGUCCCUUCCUCAGUUACAUCGCAGCCCACACAGCCUUCCAAUCUCGGGCGAAACUCGAUCUCAGGACCCCCGCCAUCUACACUGUCACGGCUGAACACGACAGAAUUCAUCCCGAACUCGACGCCAGGGCAGAACCGACAGCCACUACAUCCUCUACAGAAUUCGCAAGCCGCUUCCACCGAGGGAUCAUCUGGGCCAGGAUUGUUCUUCCACCAUUGGACCCCACCAACCGCAUCAUCGGGAGGGAACCAGCCUCCGACACCAUCUAGCAAGAGUGCUCAAGGUUCGCCCUACUCUCAGACUGCGGCCUCACACUUAAGGUCGGACUAUCAAAACUCGCCCAAGAAGCGGAAAGUGGCAGGUGGUCAAGCAGUGGCUACGGCGCCAACAUCCCAGCCGUCUGAUCCAUCACAACCCUAUUCAUCUCGGUCAUCUCGAGAGCGGGAGUUGUCGCCAGGGCAGCGAAACCAACCCAGGCGGCAUUCACGUCAGAGCAGUGAUGAGUCGGCUCGCAACCACGAGAUCGGUGGACGUACGAUUGCUCGACCGAGCAGUCGGCAGCAGCGCAGGGAUGAGUUCAGUGGCGUGGCGCACGACCCAAGAAGGCAAUUAACUGGGUCAUCGACCAAUUCAUUGAGCGACGACAAUCCUGUUCGGUAUGAGGGCUUUAAAUCUGAAACGCGGUAA